UUGGCGCUCGGGCCGCGGCGCGAGGCCGGGCGGCCGGCAGGGGGAGGCGGGGGGCGCGGGGCAGCCCCGCCUUUCCCCCGAGGAGCCGCCGGGCGGCCAUAUUGCGGAGCUGUCUGCGGUGGCGGUGGCGCCUCUCCUCUCCCGCGGCCCAGCGCGCCCGCACCGCCUCUCCCGCCCUCCCGCCCCGCCGCCGCCGCGCCGCGCCGCCCGGCGCCCCCGCCGCACCCCGGGCGGGAAGGAGCCGCCCGCUCUCCGGAGGUGACAACAGAAUUUAUAAAAGUGAAAAAUUUGUAGAGGAGACAAAAAGAGAAGCAAAAUGCCGAAACCAAUCAAUGUAAGAGUAACUACAAUGGAUGCUGAACUGGAAUUUGCCAUUCAGCCAAAUACAACUGGCAAACAACUUUUUGACCAGGUGGUGAAAACAGUUGGUUUACGUGAAGUCUGGUUUUUUGGGCUGCAGUAUGUGGACAGUAAAGGUUAUUCUACAUGGCUUAAACUAAAUAAAAAGGUGACACAGCAAGACGUUAAAAAAGAGAAUCCUUUACAGUUCAAGUUUAGAGCUAAAUUCUUUCCAGAAGAUGUUUCUGAGGAAUUAAUUCAAGAAAUAACACAGAGACUUUUCUUCUUGCAAGUUAAAGAAGCUAUCUUAAAUGAUGAGAUAUAUUGCCCACCAGAAACUGCAGUUCUUUUGGCUUCCUAUGCAGUCCAAGCAAAGUAUGGAGAUUAUAAUAAAGAGAUUCAUAAGCCAGGCUACUUGGCUAAUGAUAGACUUCUACCCCAGCGUGUUUUGGAACAACACAAAUUGACGAAAGAACAGUGGGAAGAAAGAAUACAGACCUGGCAUGAGGAACAUAGAGGAAUGCUAAGGGAAGACUCUAUGAUGGAAUACCUGAAGAUUGCACAGGAUCUAGAAAUGUAUGGAGUCAACUAUUUUGAAAUAAAAAAUAAAAAGGGAACUGAAUUAUGGCUAGGAGUGGAUGCUUUGGGUCUGAAUAUUUAUGAGCAUGAUGACAAAUUAACACCUAAAAUUGGUUUUCCCUGGAGUGAAAUCAGAAAUAUUUCAUUUAAUGACAAGAAAUUUGUUAUAAAGCCAAUCGACAAAAAAGCACCUGAUUUUGUUUUUUAUGCACCUCGUCUGAGAAUCAAUAAGCGGAUUUUGGCCUUAUGUAUGGGAAACCAUGAACUGUACAUGAGAAGAAGGAAGCCGGAUACUAUUGAAGUACAGCAGAUGAAAGCUCAGGCCCGGGAGGAGAAACAUCAGAAGCAGUUGGAAAGGGCACAAUUAGAGAAUGAAAAGAAGAAAAGAGAAAUAGCAGAAAAAGAAAAGGAAAGAAUAGAACGUGAAAAGGAAGAGCUAAUGGAACGUCUAAGGCAAAUUGAAGAACAGACAAUGAAAGCCCAGAAAGAACUAGAAGAACAAACUCGAAAAGCUCUGGAACUGGACCAGGAACGAAAACGAGCAAAAGAAGAAGCAGAAAGGCUUGAAAAGGAGCGUCGAGCCGCUGAAGAGGCCAAGUCAGCUAUCGCAAAACAAGCUGCUGACCAGAUGAAGAAUCAGGAGCAACUGGCAGCAGAACUUGCUGAAUUUACUGCCAAGAUUGCACUUCUAGAAGAAGCAAAGAAGAAAAAGGAAGAGGAAGCUACUGAAUGGCAACACAAAGCUUUUGCAGCCCAGGAAGACUUGGAAAAGACCAAAGAAGAGUUAAAAACUGUGAUGUCUGCUCCCCCUCCACCCCCGCCAGUCAUUCCUCCAACAGAAAAUGAACAUGAUGAACAUGAUGAGAAUAACGCUCAGGCCAGUGCUGAAUUAGCAAAUGACGGUGUAAUGAACCAUAGAAGUGAGGAGGAACGUGUAACAGAAACACAGAAAAAUGAGCGUGUUAAGAAGCAACUCCAGGCGUUAAGUUCAGAAUUGGCCCAAGCCAGAGAUGAAACCAAGAAAACACAAAAUGAUGUUCUACAUGCUGAGAAUGUUAAAGCAGGCCGUGAUAAGUACAAGACUCUGCGGCAGAUCCGACAAGGCAAUACAAAGCAGCGUAUUGAUGAGUUUGAAGCAAUGUGAGAGCUGUUAUUUUGCAUACAUGUUCUUCAUAAGCUGAACCACCAACAGAGAAAAGCAGGCCUUUGCAGAUAUCAUGGAAUACAUCCCACCUUGCCAAAGCACUUACACCAGUUUGACUGUGGUGACUAAAAGACACAUUUAAGGGGAGCUCAUCAACAAGGCAGUGUAAUUUCAUUUUUUUCUUUUGGGCCAGGGAAUGUAGAGUAGUGUUCCAUCUCCUCCUUCCAUAUAUUCAUUUUUUCCAUUUUUUUCCUAUUGAAGGUUAAUGCUAAUUGUCAUGUCUGACAAAUGUGUAUGUGUGAUCUAAGCAUUUUGUGCAGGUAGAGCAUUCUGUGUUCCCUUCCGCCUUCCAUAUUUUAUCUGCUUGUUGUAUUCUUGCUCAUUGACAUUUUCUCAGUUUCCCCUUCUAUCAUCCCCACACCCAUAGCCAUAAUUCUGCCACAGAUCAUUGGCAUUGUUUGAAAUGAGGGUAGGUGGCAGGGUGGACAGUCUUUGACCACUGUGUAAAAGAUGGCUAUGCAUCAUGAAAAGGAUUACAGCUUUUAGUAGUGUAGUGUGCAACUGGUAAUUAAUUUUUUAAAAACCAGUUUGAUUAUGUUAUUGGAUAUUUUGUAAUUGCUUACUUAAUUACGUCAUCUUUGACAGCUGAAUUGAUUCGUAUUCGAUCUUCCUGUCAUCCUUUGAUUUUCUUUGCCUGCCAAUUCACAAAGGCAAAGACAGCAGGUAGUUGUUUCCUAGGGAAGAGUUUAUUGAUGAAACUCUACCUGCAAAUGACAGUUGUCUCUGAAAGAUUUGAAAAGUUUUGUUCUAGAUUGACUUAGAAAAAUAGAUGCUCAGUAAAAGGAAAUAUACAUUUACUGGUCACUGAUUAUAAUCAUUACAAAAAUCCCUGGACCUUUCUGGAAGGACAGCGUGUGAAAACAUCCGUCCCAAAGAGGGGAUGGUAAUACUACCUCACUACUACUACAUACGCAAUGACUCGUUGUUCAAUCACAAUGGCGUGUAUAAGCUGUAUGUUUUCCAGGACACAGUGUUUCCUUUCAUUCUUGAAGUAGUAUUUUUGAGAUUUCUUUUUCCUUCAGAAUAUCGUAGAGUGCUAAAUUUUUAACUGCCUUUUUGUUGAGCUGAAUUGUGAGGCUCUGAUUUGUAUUACAGUUGCAAGCUCUCAUUGGUAUAUGUCUUCCAGGGAGGGGAGGGAGUGUUGUAUGUCUGAAGAGGGGAAAGAGAGAGCGAGUAUGUAAGAGUGUGUGUGUGUGUGUGUGUGUGUGUGUGUGUGUGUGUGUGUGUGUGAGAGAGAGAGAGAGAGAUCACUCUUGUAGCAUAUGAAGAAUGUCUGUACCUUCAUCCUUCAUUUCUUGAUAUAAUUGUUACAUAAUCACUUUUGCAUAUUUGAUUUUUAAAUCACUGUGCUUUUUUCCCCCAAUCUCUAAGAAUACUUAAAUUUGGUUUGUUAAUCCCAUUUUAGAAAUUAUAAUUUUAGGUUAUAUUGAUUUCAAUUAUGUCUACAAAGAAAUGUACCAGUCUGAAUGAUGUUCUAAUAUUCAUGUUCUAGCAUUUUCUUUAUUGUAAAACACCUAGAUUUGAAGAUAAGGAAAGCCUUGUUUUCUCUGUGUGGUUCAGCUACUUUCCAUUUGGUAUUAUGCACUCAAAUUUACAUUUAUCUAUUAAAAUUGCCAUUUUGUUAAACAUUUUUCAUGCACAGUAGAUACAAGUUGUGUCUGAAAAUAUCUCUUGUGCUUUUUUGAUUUUUGAUUUUGCUGACUUAAAGGAUUAAUCUGGGCAGACAUUAUGAAAAGGAAAGGUUGCAUUUAAUAUAUUUUUUGGAUUUUGUAGGACAAAAGAUAACUGGUUAACCUUGAAAUAACUGUUGUACAGUGGUUGUGCAUAUGCUUCAAAAUACUAGAGGAGAAUAGUUCUUGCAGCACAGUAGAGGAAUAGAUGGUGAACAUGCUUUUAAGCAUGAGUUCAACUUUUUAGAGCAUUAAAUCAAUGGCCGUAAUAGGUGAAAACUUGCACUUCCACUGGAUUUUUAUUAAUAUUCUUCAUUUUGAAUUAUGUGCACUACCAUUGCUAUAUCAGUUUGAUAUCAGUGUUGAAAAAUUACCAGUUAUAUUUGCUGUUUAUAAUCUAUAUGUAGAUUAGGAUUAAAAUGGAUUUAAUCCAUUUUUAAAGCUGUGUGAAUUUUUCUAAACAGAAACAACUAUUUGCAAUAUGGAUUUUCAUAGUGAUUAAAACAAUUAUUACUUUUAUUAUUAGCAGUUGAGCACAUGUUCAUAUAGCAAUGUAAAAAUAUAUUAAUGAAUAUUUGGUAAACUCCAACAGGCUUUUACCAUUAGCAUAAUUUUGUGUUGUACAAUUUAAGUUACAAUCUAUAAUUUUGGAUAACAUUCAUUGGUCAACAAUAAAGUGACAAAAGCUCAUGCCUUCAAGGUCCACUGUUGUUAUUUAGUAUGGAUUUCUUAUAUAUUUCCUGAAAGUUCUAAUCUCUACUAGACCCAUGAAUCGUCACACCUUAGUAAUGAAAAGUGGGUAGGAAAAAUUUCAGAAUCCCCAGAGAUUGACCCUUUCCUCCAAAUUACACCUCUUUGUUAUGAAGUUAUUAGUGAUUGGAAAUUCUGUGGAAAAGUUAAAUCAACUCUUCUUGAUAACAGAAAAUCAUUUAG